ACCUCCGGAGAGCGGCGACUGAUGAUGCCUCGUAGUGAGAGUCGGUUGAGAGAGCGCGAAAGAUCACAAAUAACAACAACGUCGCGAUUCUGGCUCAACGUGAACCUUUACACGGGAGAAGAUCCAGCAGAGAUUUUCAGGAUCUCCUGAUAUGAACUACUUUGUCAUGGCCGUUUUGCCAUCGCCAGCUUGGAACAGUAAAAGCCACCUGAACUUUUAUAGCAUAGGAGAUCCUCCCACAGCAGCAGCAGCAGCAGCAGAAGUGCACAAUUCAACAAAAGAAGCAAUUUCGUCGUCGUUACCAGGAUUUACGAGCGACGAGCGUAGAGAAGAUUAGAGUGAGAAAGAGACAGUUCUUCAGUUCGAUGAUUAUUUUAAUGUGAGAGUUUACAGUCGAAAAUAAUGUCUGCAACGUCGUCUAUAAGUUCGACAUCGGCACCGAGUAAUAACAGCAAGAGUAGUAAUAGCAGCAGCAGCGGUAACAACAAUUCCAGCAAUGCCCCCAACAUUGUCAUCCUGGAGAAUCAGAUCCUGGACAGUAACGAUGUGGUGGCGGCGGCCGGUCUCCAGCAGUUGUCCAACGCGGGCACGAUAAAGCUGACCCGGGACUGCGCCUUACAGUAUUCGAAUUUAAUCAACAGCUACAACAGCAGCAGCAGCAGCAGCAAUAACAGUACGACCGGCGCGAGCAACAACGGCAGCGCGCAGAUGAACACGGUCAACAUCAUCCCCGGGGACGCGUCCCAGACGAGCUCCCGGGUGCAAGUGCUCAGCAAUGUGCAGCUCGUGUCCAAGGGAGGCUCGCAGCCCUCAACCUUUAGCUACGUGGACGCGAGCGGAAAGAACUUUAACGUGCUCACGUCGAGCGGAAAAAUCAGCACCAACAAGCUGAUCAGUGUGCCGAUUACGAAGGUCAAAUCCUUCAACCACAUUGGCCAACAGCAGCAGAGUACGCAGCAGGCCCAGCAGACGCAGAUUCUGUCGUCUCAGCUGCAGCAGCAAAAAGUGACAGUGCCACGAAGCAUACAGCUGGUAACGAGGAUACCAAACUCAACCAUUUCCGUCAGCAAUGGCCGGGUGCAGCAGCUCACCCCGACGAUAUCGUCCUCCAGCCAGCCACAAUAUUCCAUUCAACAGUACGCCGAUUCCGGCACGGCCAUCUCGUCGUCCAGUCUGGACAUCAAGGCGUCAACGCCGGUUCCCGUCGUCAGCAGUACCAACAACAGCAGCGGCAAAACGACCACCACCGGCAAGGGCAAAGCCGCGUCAACGUCGUUGAAAAUGAUGCAAAACACGCCCAUCAACCACGGUGGACCCAAAUCCGCCGUUGGCAAAGGAAUGAGUGUCAGCCUGAAGAGUGUCCGGAACAACUCGAAAAGCACCGUCACCGGACUCAACCCACAAUACUACGUGAAAAGCUCGACCAACGGAACACUCCAACAGAGCCAGCCCGGUACGACAACGUCCAUCUACACGACGUCCCCGGCUCAAGCGGUGUACCACAACCCAACACCUCACCCACCCCAACAACAACAACAGCCAAUGCAGUACCCCAUCACCACCGUUCCUAGCACCGGCAAAGGCAAAGGUGUCUACAAAACCUCAAAAAAUCAACUAAUACAACUACAACAGCAGCAGCAACAACAACAACAACAACCCCAUCAAUCUCCCCAGCGAUCGGUCACGCCGCAGUCCCCGAGCCCCAUCGGCACGCCGUACAGCGUCCCACUCUCAACCACGAGCACGCGCUAUCAAAACUACAACUCGUACUCGAUCCCAUCCUCCCAACCACCCACCACGACCCUUGCCGGCAGUAGCUACAAAACCACCUACAGCAAUCUCUACCCGGCCAAUCCGUCGUACGACUCAAGCUCGGUUCCGAUGAGCGAACCGACGCCGCCGCCGCCACCGCACCAAAUCCAACCCUCGAUGACGGUCACCGGGUACACGUCCACCACCGGCAAGGGCAAAAAGUACGGAGCACCUAUCCUAAACAACAACAACAACGCCGACGGCGGCAACUUCACCGCCAUCACACCGGUCAAGAUGAAGGGCUCGGGACGGGGUCGCAACAACAGCGUAUCCAACUACCAACCAACCGACUCAAACCCGACUCCCUACCAGCAACAACAGCGAUACUCGGCUUCCCCCUCGAGGCCGCAACAAUUCCAACCCUCGCCAAUCCACCAGCAGCAGCAAAACCAGCAAAUUACGACAACGAGUGGCGGUGGCGGUGGUCGCGACGACCACUACAUCAUCAACGGGCAGCAGAUGACGGACGAAACGUCCGCCCGGAUACUGCAGAGUUUGUCGCAAAAGACGGCACAGCCGGAGCAGCCGACCAAGUACAAACCCCAGCAGCAGUUUACGUUCUACGGCUCGGACAGUGUGCCGCAGUCGCCGAGCAGUGUGCCGGCCACGUUCAUUCCGGGCAGUACCAACAGUGGAAGCAGUGGGGGAGGUGUUAGUAAUACCAAUAUCCCAGGCAUUGUGUACGAUCCCAGUGAUGCGCGGUUCUACGAUGAAAAGAGCGACGGGCGGCGAACAACGAGCACCUCGGAGAUCAUCACGUACGCGGACAACAUUCCGCUGCGCGAGGGUUAUCCUCCGGAUUACAAGUGCUACCCGCGCGUUGACGACGACCACAUCGGCGAAGAGGUGCGACCCGCCCCGGUGGACACCUCCAACGGACGGUACUUUUUACUCCAAGCGGUGAUGCAGGAUCACACCUACUUUGCUCCGCCACCGGAGUUGAAACCGCCCGAACCUCCACCGAUGUUAGCAACAGCAGCGCCACCAGUUCAAACGCCGACUUCGGUCGCUACCCCGCCCGUAAUCACACCCGCAUCCUUACACCAGCACUUGUCGAAGCAAAAAUCGAGCUCACCUGCUCCGGCGAUCACGUCGAGUGCUGGAGGUUCAACGAUCCCGUCGUCGUCACUUGCCACGACAAUUUCCUCGACCGCCUCGGUCCCGGCUCCGUUGACACAGAUGAGCCUCAGCUCGCUGGCGGCGUACACAAGCAGUGUCGUUGCGGCGGCAGGAUCAAUAUCUCCGGCACCAACGGCUGUGGCAGGUUCCAACAGCAGCGGUGGUCUCGAUUACAUCUACCAGCGGCAAACGGGGCCGCAGGACGACGACGCCAACUCGGUCAUCAGCACUGGGUCGCGCAACUUUAACGCCAUGGACAACGAUCUGGGCGAGGAAACCGAAACGGCCCCGGAGGGGGAAGGCGAGGACGAUUCCGUCACUCGAUGCAUCUGUGAUCUUACCCAUGACGAUGGCUACAUGAUUUGCUGUGAUAAGUGCUCCGCCUGGCAGCACGUUGACUGUAUGGGCAUCGAUCGGAUGAACAUUCCGGACGAGUACAAUUGUGAAAUGUGCCAGCCGCGGGCAGUGGACAAGAACCGUGCCCGGAUGUUGCAGCUGGAGAAGCGCAAGGAGCAAUCACUGUUCUUGGCCAACAACAAUCUGCAACAGCAACAACAACAGCAGCAGCAGCAGCAACAACAACAAAUGCAGCAGGUUGCGGAUCCGGCCGUGACCAGCACGAACCUUCUCAACGUGCCCGUGACCUCGAGUGGGACCGGCACCGGUGGGAAGGGCGCCAAUCAGUACACCACCGGGAAGGCGCUGGCCGGUGCGAAAAAGAACAAACCUGCAGGUACGGGGUCGAAGAAGAACAAGGCAGCGGCCGGGGCCGAGGGAGGAGUGCCAGCGGUGCCGAAAAAGAUCAGCAAAAAGACGGCCGAGAACGCGCUGAACAGGCUCAACGGAAAGCGCAAAGAGUUGAAGAAGCCGUCGAAGAAAAAGGUCAAAACGACCGAGCAGAACGCGGAGAAAAUGUCCAACAUGAUCCGGACGUGGAUCGACAAUUACGAGCGUGCCAUCACUAACCACUAUUCGCCGGAGUUGCGGGCCCGGUUACAGGCCUUUGGCAAGAUGCAGUCGCAAAAUCCGCUGCUCAAUUCGGACCGCCUCAUUCCGGCCGCGUCGGUGACGAAUCUGAUGCAAAAGUGUACGACCGUACCACACGCCGGAGGUAAAAUUCUCAUCAGCACCGGUGACAUCGAACCAAAGACCCCCAUCAUCGAGAUCCGUGGCAAGUACAUGAUCUCGUCGCAGCACAAGCAGUUGCAGUCCCUGUUUAACAUGGCCGCCAACGGAAAGCUCAGCAACAACAAAAACGCCGGACCGUUCCUAUUUCUGUACCAGUUGACGCAAGGCGGUAUGGAGUUGUGCGUCGACACCCGAACGUACGGAAACGAUGCCCGGUUCAUACGGAGAUCGUGCCGGCCAAACGCGGAAAUCUUGCACAACGUGGACAAAGGUGUGGUGCAUCUGUACAUUGUGUCCACCUCGAACAUCAAGGCCAACACCGAGAUCACUAUCAAGCACGACGAACAGCUGAUCCAGAGGGUAGGCGGGGUGGUCAUACUAACGCACACGACCGUGACGAAACUGUGCGCGUGUGGCCUCAUCAAGGAUUGCCAGUAUUCGGCCCAACUCAGCGAGGGAUUGCUACCUCCGGCGGCAGCCGUACCAGCUCUAGCACCAGCGCCCAUUCCAGGACCUGGCGAUACCCUGGCCAACAUUGGCAACACCCAACCAAUCCCAGGAAUAGCACAAACACCUGCGUCUAUGGCGGCUACCGGUACGACUCUCAACAAUUCCGGAAUGCCAGCCCUCACACCGUCUGGAAAGCCGUCCAAAAGCAAGAAAAACAAUGGCGCCCUCGCGGACGGUGAGAAGAAACCGCCCAAGAAGCCAAGAAACAGUCGAUCAACCAGCUCGAAUACCGAUUCGACUAGGCUAAGGUCAAUUUCAUCCAGUGGAGACAGCAUCAACGAAAUGUUAAUGUACGUCCAGCAACAGCAUCAACAACAGCAGCAGCAGCAGCAACAAUCCUUAUCGCAUCAACCACCGAUGCCGAUGGGUGGCCACGCGCCCUUAUCACCGAUGCAUCAACCGCAGCAGCAGCCGCAGCAGCCCCAGCAGAUUCCGUCGCAAAUGAUCUCUCAACAGAUGCACUUUAUGCACCAGCAAAGUCCAACUCAAUUGAUGCCGCACCAACCGUUGCAGUUGAGUCAACCUCCGCCAUUGCAGCAGCAGCAGCAGCUCCAACCUCCGGUGUACAUGUACAGUCCGACUCCCCCACAACCCAACCAUCCGCCGCAGAUCGUGAUGCCUCCCCGUACGCCACCACCUCCGGUCAGUCCCGUUGGUCUCAACAACCGGCCCGGGUUCUACACCGAGAUCAAGUCACCGAUGAACUCACCCCCGCUCAAUCUUAGUGCCGCCGGUCCACCUCCACUGGUGAUCCCGACUGCCAAGUUGACCCCGCAGGCACCACCAUCGCCGCAACCAAUGCCAAUGUUGCCCUUGGCUCCUCCCCCGCUGAGAGAACAACACCCGGAGGAAAAGCCGCGCCAUCUGGAAAUGAUCCACCAGCAGCAGCAACUUCAUCAGCAACACAUCAUCGAAGAUGUGCUCAAGAUCAAAAUCAAAUCUCCAACGGCUAGCCCGGUCAAGCGAGAAUCUGCACCUUCACCAACGAUGACCAGCAUGCUGUCGCCACCUCCACCACCCCCAAUUCCAAUCGCCCAACGGUUACUCUGCGCGGAGACGCUCAAAAACGAGCUCUUUCACUCGCACUUCUCACCCGCAUCGCCGACGCCUCUGCCGAAAUCGUCCCCUGUCAAGCUCGAAUAUCCCCCGUUGUCCCCGGUUGUGGCACCCGAAAUCAAGCUGGAGCAACAACCCUCGCGGAUACCGACGCCACCCCCGCCGACCUCUCCCGUUGCGGUGAAAAUCGAGCACGAAGUUAAGGAGGAACUUUGUGUUCCGGACGCCGUCCACAUGGACCCGCUUCCGCUGGUCAAGAAGGAAGAACCGUUGCCGCAAAUGCCCGAGUCUCCGCUCAAGGAACAACUUCCUCGGCCCGUUACACCACCCAUGUUGAUCGAAGAUGUCAAAGAAGAACCCAACCUAUGUGACAGCUUGCCCGGUUCACCGGUCAAGUCCUGCACGGGUCUUGCUCCUGGCAGCGUUAGCAGUGGCAACAGUACCAACAGCUCACCGAUCGCGUCCCAUCAUCAACUUCACCUGGGUGGAAGCGGCGGCAGCGGAAAGAAAAAGUGUCCUUCCUCAAAGGACGCUGCCCCUGCGGGGGGUGCCACGACCUCGACACCAACGGUCAAAGAGGAGAAGAAGCCCUCCCGGAAGCUGACCCGCGAGGAACGCAAAAUGGAAGCGAUCGUGAAGGCGUUUGAGAAGAUGGAACAAUCGCAGCAGCGCAAGCAAGAGCUCAAAGUACAGCGGAAAGAGGGCAAACGGAGAAGCGUUUCGUCGUCGACGCCGGACGAGGGAACGCCCUGCAGUUCGGCCAAGAAACGGUCGCUCAGUUCGUCGCAGCAAAAGCGCAAGAAGAAGAAGAGCAAGUCGUUGAGCCAGCACUUUGGAUCGCCGAACCAGAGUCGCAAGAAGAAAGUGUCCAAAUCGUCGUCGUCGUCGUCGUCGAAGAAAGCAUCGCGGUCACUGUGUUCCGAUCGUCCGUACGAGAGUAAGGCCGCCGAACUGCUGUUGACGUUUUCGCAGUCUGCGGAGCAGUCCCAGUCGUCGUACUUUGGGGACGAUGUAAAGCCGAUCGCGGGUGAAGGUCCGGAACUGCUCAACAACAACAAUAACAACACUGCGGCGUCCGUGUCCAACUUGCCGUUGCUCAGUUCCGUGUGCAUGCUGGUGGAAGCUGCGGUCGGCCCGUUGGAACAGGUUGCAGGAUCGACGCCGACGGGAUCUUCGUUGACGCCAUCGGAGCAGGACUUUAAAUUUCCCCAGAAGGCGAAAACCAAGAAGAGCAUGAGUCGCGAGUGGCUCAGCGGUCAGGUGUUGGAAAAUAGUGCGACGGUUCCGUUCCGAAGGAUCACCCCCGACCAGGACUCGGGCUACAUGAGCGAGGACAAAUCGCACGACUACCGACCGGCGUCGGUAACGACUCCGCUGGGCGUGGACGUUGGCGAUGCGAACAUUUGCAUCGCAGCGAAGAAGGUCGAGGAAUUCAUAGCGCAAAAUUCGCCCCAACCGGACGAGCUAGGUUCCAGUAGUGCGAGUACAAUUGUGGCCGCAUCCGCUGCCGUCGUCACCACUCCCGUCGAGCCAAGUCACGUUCAACCGCAAAGCAACGUUUCGGAGAGUGCCGCGGUGAAAAAGCGUUGGCUUCGGCAGGCCAUCUCGGAGGAGACGGACGAACUGACACAGGCCUCGUCUUCGCCACCUCCGCCGAACGGAUUCACCACGCCAUUGAAGAAGCGACGCGUCAUUUGUACAUCGGAGGACGACCCGCAGAUUACCCAGCACCAGCAACCCAUUCUGUCGGCGCAAAAGAUCGACUUUGCCAACCACGCACCGAUGACGAUGUCCAGCGUGACCAACUACUCCGACAGGAGCAUGUACUGGAGCAACGCCGUGCCGACGGCCUACGCCGAGGAGAAGCACGCCAUGGAUCUGUCCCGAACGGCACCGGUGGUCACUCCGUUGGUGGUACAACAGCAGCAACCUCGCAUCGCCCCGUACAAGAUAGUCCCGAUUGCGCAAGCGUUGACUCCGCUGCACUUUACCGACCCGGAUCCCCUGCCUUUGCCACCACCCCCUCCAGCAGUUGUUCCUCCACCGAUGAUCCAGAUCCACCACCAGGAAUCUCACGUCGAGUACACGCCACGACCCCAGGUCAUACCGAGCUACGAGCCCCUUCCACCUCCAGCAUCUGCAGUAGCCGCAAUGGUCCCAGCAUCGCUCCUACCCCCAGUGGUCGAACCUGAACCUCAACAACAACCCCAACAACAACAACACGUUCGCAUCGACGUGAGCUAUCCGACCGCCGAACAUCAACCAUCGUCGUCGGUUCGCAGCAUCCCGCGCAGCAAGGGCAGCCAAAAGUACAUUGGCAGUCCGGCCAAGUUUGCACCGCCGUCGCCGGCCGACUCGCAGCACAGCAGUUCGGUGGCGGAAACGCCCGAGAAGGGGUCGCUCGCGGGAAGUGGCGGCAGCAGUGUGGCCAACUCGGACGUGGACGAAGAUACGGAGGUGAAGGUGGAGGUGAGGGUAGCUGAACCUGAGGUUGAAGAGAUGAGUGUUGAGGAGGUGCGCGAGGAAAGUGUGGUUGUGCCGGAAGUGGAACCGGAGUUGAAGGAGUCCAGUGAAGUGGUGCAUGAGGAGGAAGUGAUGGACGCAGGGGAAGUUGUGGUCGAACAGAUGGAAGUGAGUUCUACGGAGAUGGAAGAGACGACGACGGUGGUGACAGUGCAAGAGGAAGAACCGCCAGCAAAAGUUGAAAAGAUUGAACCAGCUGUGGUGGUGCCUGUGAAACCUGCGGAAGUGGUGAAUGGACGCGACAAGUUGAGUCGCAAGGUUCCGGAAGAGGAGUGCGAAAAUAACGAGCUGGAAGAUUUGCAGAAGGCCAUCGCGUCGUUCCACUCGGAGAACAUUAUGACGCUUAUUUCACGGAACAAAAAGGCCAAAAAGGGGAACCGAGAGGGAAGUGGCGGAUCGAAGAGACAACCCAAGGUCAAGCAGAGUUCGUUUGCAAAAGAGGAAGUUUCAUUGACGCCACCUGUGUCUGUUUCCCCUAUGCAACCGGAACAUGUUGAACCGGUGGUAUCGGAACCAGUUGAACCAUCAAUUGAGUUUGUACCAUCGGAACCGGAGCCAGAAAUCGCGCCACAACCAGUUCCACCACCCGCACCACUUGUGGUAACAUCGGAAGAGACUUCCGUCUCGACACUCAGUCGAUCUUACUCGCAUCCUUCGUGGGUCUCCACAGCGGAAGCAUACCGAGAUCCCACGGAGAUCCGCACCAGUUUGUCGACGCUUCGGCCGGACAUUCCGCCAAUCAACUUCAACUCGCCCAGCACGUACCAGUCCAACGCGGCACGGAACCUGUUGACUUCACUGUCAGUUGGUUCUGAACCGCUGUCGUCGCUGACGAGCUUCCGGUCAAGCAGUACAUUCCUCGAUUAUCCCAAACCAUCGCCACCGGCACCGGUGACGACACCAUCGGCCGUUGCAGCGACCAACGUCGUCCCCGGAAGUAGCAUCUACCAGUACCGACCAUCGACAGAGAUCAGCAACCUGCUCGAAAAGGGUUUCUCCAGCACUCGACCGUCCAGCUUUGCGACGCUCGGUACGGAACGUGUUCCAAGUGUAACCGGAGUUAGUGGAACGCCCAUCGCCACCGAACGAACCGUAACCAGCUCGUUCCUGUCGUCGCUGGCAUCCCCCAAAGUGACGGAAAACCUCUCCACGCUAGGCUCGUCCGCGACCGCCUACCCGAAGAUCUUCACCAAAACGGCCAGCUCGGACCCGCGGCUGAACCCGGCGUUGACCACUCCGGAACCGGUGGCACCAAUCACCCCCAAACGUAAGCUCUCUAUCAACGAAUAUCGCCAGCGGAAGAUGGCAUCGUGCAGCAGCAGUACAAGCGCCACGCCGUCCACCGGAUCCGAGACGUGCACGUCGUCGGCGGUCGCCGCCACCUGUAGUUCCUCCACGAGCAGUAGCAGUAGUAGCAGUCCCGGAUGUGGCAACGUAAGCAGCAGUCUCGGUAGCAACGACGUCAGCAGCUCCAUCAGCAAGGAGCUCAGCCUGGAGUUGGAGCUGGAACUCGGUGGUGGCAAGGACGAGACGGGGGACAUCACCGUUGGGACGACCAUGGAACCGACCAGCUCGACGGAGGAAGCAGUGUAAGCAGAAGCUGGUAAUCGGCUGAAUUACAUUUGCUAAGAGAGUUGACGAAACUUUGCAACGCCUUGCUGGACGUGUGACCUGAACAAAAAAAAAGCCGGACACGAAACUACCACCCAAGAUUGCAGAAUAGGACGCUGGUCGUUUGUUGAUCUUCAUCGGUGUGGAAGCUCCGAAGCUAAGCGCGGUUGGCUGAGUGGUUGUGUGUGAUUACAGGGAAGCGGCUGUAAGAGCUGAGGGCAAGGACGCGGAGUGGAGAGGAGGAAGCUAUACUUCUUGUGGAAGUAGAUUCAUUAAUCUGAUGAAGCUAAGAUUAUUAAUUGUAAUAAAAAUCUAGUGGAUAAGGCUACUUAGGGCGCGUGUACAGCAGAGCAGUGCAGAGAGAUAAGAGAGUGUGUGAGAGAGAGAGAGAGAUCUUGUAAAUAUACUUUCAAUAGUAUAACCUUGGCUGAACACAACGAUUGUGACGAUUCUGUUUCUCCAAUUUACACACCAUUGACUAUAGAAAACUCGUAUAUACAAAACCACAACCACAGCAUAAAUGCACGAAUGCAAAAUAGUUUAAAACAAAGAAUAAUAUACAUAAAUUAUAGUUGAGCAAACCUUGUAACAUACACCCAAGCUUACCGAUUCUUGAUUCGUUUCUCCCACCUUUCCAGGAUAUUCUUUCCACAAUCUCUCCUCCCUCCCCCCAACCCUGACAGUAAAAUCUCCAGUGAAACCCACCUGUUGUAGCAAAACUAAAAUCUGAUUGACAACUACUCUUACUAAAUUCUCGCCAGUUGUAAAUAUGUGUACAGAGCAAUGCCUAAAAAAAGGCAGAACAAAGUUGAUAAAAUAAAAACACUCGAAAUGUUGGUGAAAAGCUCGGCAUACAUCGUGUAAAAUAGUACAAAUAGAUUGUAUAAAAAAAUAAAACAACAGAGACACAUGCGUAAAGAAGGGCAAAUCGUGAACACUAAAAGUGAAUUUAAAAAAAGCUAUAAUAUAUGAAAGCAUUGCGAAAAAUAAAAACUCUAAUAAAUAUAAUCCAAAAUAGCUUGUACCCUUAAAAGUAGCAGGAAAAAAAAAAACAAACAAUCGCAAGUACACAUUUUAAAACAACAAAUCAAAAGAAGCUGAACGAAGGCAUGCUUGCUAAAACCGAAACCGAACUUAUUUCCCAACAACAAACCAGGACAUGAACACUACAAAACAAAAAGAAUGCUCUGUUGGCAGAGAAUUUAUCUCGUAUUAGAGCCAACAUAAACUAGAUCGGUAGGACACAGCUUGAGCUAAACACAAACAAGUAAAUUAUUACAGCUAAAAUUUAAGACGUACGCUAACGUAGAUUAAAAAAAAACACCUUCGCAUGAGAAAAGAAAAACAACCCUAAAAUGGAAAACGAUUUGUCUUCGUUUGAUAUGCUUGUAAAUACUGUAAACUUUAUUUAUGUUGUAAAACAAACAAACACACACACACUACUAAACCAGUAAGAGAGCCUACUUUUACGCAAAGAGAAAAAA